AUUCGAACUCCGCACCAGCAAAUGCAAAUCCACAACACGACCUCUUCAGGCCACGGGGCAAUGCCACCAAUAAAGCAAUAAAGAUGUCACCUCAGCUUAACAUUUUCUACAACCCUGAAAACAAUUUCUUAACAUUCCCCCAACCUCUGAACCCUCGGAAAAAGGACGCGCAGCGAAUCUUUCUAGAACGAAUGAGGCUGUAUACUAAUAUUUUCAAACCCGUUCCGUGUGCGGACACACUCACACACACACAGCCGCGCGUAGUACGCCUCUCCAUGCGAAAUUUUAUAUAUAAGCUACAGUACAGUAGUGACCGAUACCAUUAUAUGCCGGACAGCUGAUCACAACAAUCGGCCAAUAAAAAUUUAAAACUGUGCAUGAGUGUGACUGUGACCUGAACUGGACUAAUUAAUUCGAACGCAGUCUUAAUUCGACGUUCGAAUCUGUCACAAUUCCCGCGCGUUUUAUAGUUUGUUUUUUUUUUCGGGAAAAUUUCUGGACUGUGAUUGAUCAGUUGUGUGGAGAAAAUAGUGUUUUUAUAAACAAUAGUUUUCAGUUGUUAUAAUGUGUUACCGGCACGUGAGGAGACGGUAGUUUUAGUUUAAUGGACAGACUGUGUUUAUAAACAAUAGAACUUGAAGUGCUGUGUCCGCAGAAUCGAUUGCGGAAAAAAGUGUUUAAUCCACAUACUGUUGUCUAUGUGACAUUGAUAUUGAAAGUGCGUUAUGAAACCUCAAUCGCGAUAAUAUUUUAAUUUCAUUGACGCAACACGGAUGCUUGAACUGGUAUCAAUUAAAAUCCUAUUACGGAAUAACUAACUAUCAACUAUUGUUGACAAGAAGUUUUUAUAGCACGUGAAUUUGUGGAAGUGUACGAACGUUUUGCUUUUAAAAAGAAAAAAUGAAGGAGUUUGUUCAAAUUUGGAAUAAUGUGGCGGGAAGGAGGUACUCAUCUGUCAACACGGCAGAUCGAGAAAUGAGAGAAUUAUCUAAUAAAUUGAAAAAAGACUGUGAUACAUCGACUUUUGAGGCAAAUUUCACAGAAUGUGAAGGACUGAAUAAUAAAUUCAACGAUGAUCUCGAUUUUAGUGAUAGAAAAGACGCCAUUAUUAAUAGGCUGUUCGAAAGGAGGCGAAAAGGACAGGUGGCCAGGCAACCUACAUGUCUCUUCAUCCUUCUGAUGUUCGGGUUCUUCGCCCUCGGCGCAGGCUGUUUCGUCUUGUUCCUGCACCCCUACGACUUUUUGUUCAAGCAGAAAGUCCUUUUCACCGACGGCGGCGAAAUCUUCGAGAUGUGGCGCAAGCCCGAAGUGGACUUAUACGUUAAGGUGUAUCUGUUCAACGUCACCAACGCCGACGACUACCUCGCCGGGAAGGCCGACAAGGUCAUCGUCAAUGAAGUCGGCCCUUAUGUGUACAAGGAACUCUUGGAGCACAAAGUGACGAAGUUCAACGACAACGGGACAGUGUCAGCUAUCCCCAAGCACCCGCUGCAGUGGGUGGAUGAGUUGUCCGAGGGACGCAAGGAGGAUGACAUCCUGUAUCUGCCGCAUAUCGCUUUGUUGAGCAUAGCGAACGUGGUCGCCCCACAGAGCAUGUUCACUCGCUUCGGGCUGAACAAUCUGAUCACCAUGACCAAGAGCCAGCCGCUGGUCAAGAUGACGGCCAAGGAGUUCAUGAUGGGCUACAAGAGCAACCUGAUGACCCUGGGGAACACCUUCAUGCCCGGAUGGAUCUAUUUUGAUAAGCUUGGGCUUAUUGAUCGGAUGUACGACUUCAACGGCGACUACGAGACCAUUUUCACCGGGGCCGGGGACAUCUCCAACGCUGGUCUCAUCGACACCUACAAGGGGUCAACUGACCUGCCCCAGUGGGACGGGAAGCACUGCUCCAAUGUGCAGUAUGCGUCAGACGGGACUAAGUUCAAGGGGGGGGUGGGCAAGAAUGAGAGUGUGCUGUUCUUUAGGAAGAAUUUGUGUCGUGCUGCUCCCUUGGUCCCGGUAGCGGAGGGGGUGAAGAGCGGCCUGAAGAGCUACAUGUACACGUUCCCGGAGAACCUGUUCGACAACGGCAAGCACGUCAAGGAGAACCAGUGCUUCUGCAGGAAAGGUAAAUGCCUCCCAGCGGGCCUGCUCGACGUGACGGACUGCUACUACGGGUUCCCGAUAGCUCUGUCGUACCCGCACUUCUACAAGGGGGACGAGGUGCUGUCCAGCAAGGUGGAGGGAUUGACGCCUUCCAAGGAGAAGCAUGAGACUAGAUUCUGGCUGCAGCCGGAGUCAGGCCUCCCGAUCGACGUGAGCGCCAAGAUCCAGAUCAACAUGGCGCUCGGAGACCUCUCCUCCAUCACCAACGCCGGCAGAUUCUCCAACAUGUAUCUGCCGCUGCUGUGGUUCGAUAUUAGAAUGUACUCCUUGCCCGAGAGCAUGGAGACCCGCUUCAAACUGUACCUGAACAUCUUGCCGGUCGUGGAGCAAGCUUGCAUGUACAUCUUCUUCAUUCUCGGAGUCUUCUUCAUCCUGCUGACCGUCUACCGCCUCGCCUUCAACGUCAUGUUCAAGUCCUUUGACAAGAGCAAGAAACAACGCAACAUCAUCAUCGGCACUGACCUCUGGUUUGAAAAAGAAAACAACGCCAAACAUAAAAGUGAAAAGGAUGAAAUUUACACCCCCUGCGAAAUCCCUCUCGGUGACGACUCUGAGUCUGAUGAGAAUUUGCAGUUACACUACGAUGGACGUAGACCGUCAGGUUUCAUCAAAAUCCACGGCGAUAGGAUCAAAGAAUUGAGCCACAAAUUAGGUGAUCGAGUGUACGAUUCUAUUGGAAGCGUCAAAGAUAAGGUCAGAGAUGAGCUGACGCAUGUUAAACAUAUAUUCCAAGAUGUCUCUUCAAGGAAAAACUCUUUGAUUCCUGCCACACAUGAAACUGCCAGCAACGAUGCGUACAAAGAUGAUUCUAACAGUGAAAGCGAAAUGAAAUCUAACAAUCAGCAGAUUUACUCGAGAGUAGCUCAGUCUGACAGUGAAGAUGAUUUCAAGUAUCUAGAUAUAGAAGUUGUAGAUGAUGGUAGUGGGUUCGACGAUUUAACAGCAAGGCUGAAGAUCGAGUGUGAAAGAGCUAACAAAUUGAAAGAGCUAGAUGCGGAACAGAGAACGAAAGAUGAGUUGGUUCAUAUUUCUGACUGAAUUUGAAAAUGUGUUUAAACGAGGAGUAAAGAAGUACAUUCUCAAAAUGGUGCCAUUGAUAGUGAACUGACGAAGUCGGUUUUUGUGGAGUAAGGACUUUUGCUACGGAGUCAGUUAAGCGAUUUUGUACAAACUUCUGCCUACAUUCCAUGAAUAUAGUUAAGGAAUUUAUGUUAAAGAAACGAUCCUGUCUCAGGAUUUUUUUACGUAUUUAUUAAGCUGGAUUUUAAGUAAAGGACUGAUGAAAUGACAAAUUGCUCAAAACUUUUUGCACGUUGGUUUUUUAUCAAAUCGGUCGAAUCUACUGCCACUAUUUGCUCAAAAUCUUUAUCGAUAUCAACCCUCUAGUACUUACUGGUUUUGCAAAUUACGAAAACGAGAAAAGUUUAGUUUUUUUUCAGACAUUAUCUGUCAAAAUAGGUGCCACGAUAGCUUCUGCUGGAGGCACACUUUGUAUGCGUGAAAACGUAAACUUUUGUAGUUUUCGACAAACUAUCAAACCUAUACUAGAGGUACUAGUGGUGUCAUUACUACUGCGAAUACAGCCAGUGAUGUUUAUAAACACGAGUUUUGUCAGACUUUUGGAGAUUAAUCUUAUACUUACUUAGAAAUUGCUAUGGUCCAGCCUAGGUAUUAUUCAUUUAAAAAAUCACUAUAGUUUUUUUUAUGAGGCUACAAACUUAAUUAUCUUUUUUGAAGACAGUGUUACCAAUUAAACAAAUUUAUAAUUUAUUACUUAUAAUUUCUGUGUUAAAUUUAAGCUUGCCAAUUUGGUAAUUACUAAUAUUAGUAGACCGUUUGUAUUCUAUGGUUGGGCCAAUAAGUUUUUAAGCUCUCAAUGUUUUAUCAUAUAACCUUAUCUACCUGAGUACUUGCCUUUAUAUAAUAAGUAUAUGUAUACUUACUACAAGUAUGAAAAUGGUUUAUUUAUAAAAUUUCUUCGAUAGGGUAUUUGGUAGUUAUUUUAUGAACGAAAACCAUAAAACUGUUGUCUUGUCAUUUACUAAAGUAAAAGACUUGUCUUCAAUGUGAUAUAAAAUUAUAAUAAUAAUAAUGAGUUUUUUAUAAUUAUGAUAAAAUAAUAAUGAACAAUUUUAAUAUUACGAUAAUAGUAAGUACAUAAUAAGUGUCUUGCCUAAGUUAUUCUCUUGAAAUACGUUGGUACUUGGUUAAGAAUAUUUUUUAAGAAUUUUGAAAUUUAAAUAAAUAAUUCGUUAAAAAUAA